CAACCCUCGUUUUUCAACACUCCACACUCCCUUUUCCCGGCUUCUGUCUCUCCUUCCUGAGUUCCUUCUGUUCCCUCUUUUCUCUUCUGAGCCGAGAGCGCGCACGCUCUCAGCAAGUUCUUGCUAUGGCGGGUGAUCGUCCCCUCCUCUCCAACCGCCCGUCUUCCGAAAUGUCCAACGACCGCGACCUCGCCGAAGAAGACGCUCUGCUUACGGGCCAGCCUACAUCCCGUAGCGACUCACGUUCGUGGAAGUUCUGGCGGGAAAUCGGUUUAUUUGUAUGGGCUGUCAUUGCUACGGCAGCCGUGGUAAUCCUCGCCGUCGUGUACCAAAAGAACUCCGAUCCGAAGCACAGCGACCCGACGCCGACCGGCAAGCGGAAUCUGAUAUUUAUGGUCAGCGACGGCAUGGGGCCCACGAGUCUGAGUUUGACACGGAGCUUUACUCAGUUCCAGAAUGGGGUGCCGUGGAGCGAGCAGCUGGUUAUUGACCAGCAUUUGAUCGGGCAGUCGCGGACGCGGUCGACAUCGAGUCUGAUCACCGACUCGGCGGCGGGUGCUACGGCUUUUUCGUGCGCGCUCAAGAGCUACAAUGGCGCUAUUUCUGUGCUGCCGGACCAUGAGCCUUGUGGGACCGUGUUGGAGGCCGCGAAGAAGGCGGGAUAUAUGACGGGCUUGGUGGUGACAACCAGGAUUACCGACGCCACCCCGGCGUGCUUUGCGGCGCAUGUGAACAUGCGUGGAGAGGAGGAUCGCAUUGCUGAGCAGAUGGUGGGAGAUUAUCCGUUGGGUCGGGUGGUGGAUUUGAUGAUGGGCGGUGGACGGUGCCAUUUCCUGCCCAACUCGAGCGCGGAUUCGUGUCGAGAAGAUGAUAAGGAUGUUGUUGCACUGGCGAAGAAAAACGGGUACAAUUACGCCUCAGGCCGCAAGGAGUUCGAUGCACUGAAGGGUGGAAAGGCGAUUACCCUCCCGCUACUAGGCCUCUUCGCAGACACAGAUAUUCCGUACGAGGUCGACCGCCGCAAUGAAAACAACAUCUAUCCGUCGCUCGAUGAGAUGGCGAAGGCUGCGCUUGUCGCUCUUAGUGCCGCGACGAAGGACAGCGAGAAGGGUUUCUUCCUCAUGAUCGAGGGCUCCCGUAUCGACCAUGCAGGCCAUCACAACGACCCCGUAGCUCAAGUCCAUGAGGUCCUGGCCUACGACAAGGCCUUUGCCAGCGUCCUCAAGUUCCUUGAUAACGAUGCGACUGAAGGCGUUAUGGUGAGCACAUCGGAUCACGAAACAGGCGGUUUGGCUACCGCUCGACAACUCCACACCAGCUAUCCUGACUACGUCUGGUACCCGGGUCCUCUAUCCAACGCCUCUCACUCCUCAGAACGCCUAGCCCGGAACUACCAAACCUUCCUCUCCGCCACCCCUGCCCCUUCCACCGCAGAAAUCACUACUUUCGUGAAAGACUCAAUAUCCUCUGGCCUCGGCAUCCAUGACGCCUCAGAUACCGAAAUCUCCUCCCUUGUCUCCUCCCCCCAAACCGCACAAUACCAAUACGCAGACAUGAUAUCCCGCCGCUCCCAAACCGGCUGGUCGACACACGGCCACUCCGGCGCAGAUGUGAACAUCUAUUCGUCCGACUCCCGCGCCACCCUCGCUCUGGCCGGAAACCACGAGAACACCGAGGUCGGCGACUUCCUCCGCGAAUAUUUGGGUGUGGAUGUCGAGGCUGUGACUAGAGAGUUAAAGGAAAAGGGCACAGGACUUAUGGCGCUGGGGAAGGAGGGCAAGGAGGUUGGGUGGAUGGGCCCGCUUCCCAAGGAGGGUGAGAGGUUGGAUGGCCAGGAUCAUUUGGCAACCUAUGGUGGGGAUCAUAGAAAGAGGGGGGUUAUGCAUGGGAGGGAUUGUGGGUGUGGGAUGGAGUGAGAGGAUGAAGAGAAGCCGGGGGAGGGGAGGGAAUCCGGGUGCUUAUUGUGUUAUAGAUUUUUGCGGCUAUGUUGAUACUUCAGUUUCGAGGACACUUCAGUUGCGGGGACACGGCGUUUUUGGAAGUUUCCUGGCCUUCCGAGGAGCGUGCAUGAUACCGGGUUCUCGGUUUGGCUUGGAUUUAUAUAUACUAUUCGGGUGAUUAUUUUGGCCAGUAAUGCACAUGCGAAUUUUGUUCUUUCUACAAUUCAUGUAUUUCUUUCUCCAUAAAUCUUCCCCG